AGAAGAUGCCAACCCGGUUAGGGAGGAAGAAGAGACCCGGAGGAGGUAGCUGCCAGUGGUGGAGACAUGUCAGAGAACGCUCAGUAAUGCUAACGCCGUAGAAGUGAGGGAGUUGUCCAAAAGUGUCCUGAAGCUUAAAGGAGAGGUUUUAGCGCACGGAUCCUCGCCAGCCGGCCUGAGGAGAGGGUCGGCAACCCCCCACGGACCUGUGAUAACUAACUACGAGUCAACUAGCAUUAGCUGACAGGCUAGCCGGGGAGCUCUCGAUAAAAAAAAAAAAGUAACGCCAGGGCUCGUUUCCUACAGUCAUGUCUUUGGCCGGGGACUUCGGAAACCCUCUGAGGAAAUUCAAGUUGGUCUUUCUUGGAGAACAGAGCGUGGGAAAGACUUCGCUGAUCACCAGGUUCAUGUAUGACAGCUUCGACAACACUUACCAAGCCACAAUAGGAAUAGAUUUCCUGUCAAAAACGAUGUACCUUGAAGACAGAACAAUCAGGUUGCAGUUGUGGGACACGGCAGGUCAAGAGCGGUUUCGUAGCCUCAUCCCGAGUUACAUCAGAGACUCAGCUGCUGCUGUCGUAGUGUACGACAUCACAAAUGUCAAUUCCUUCCAGCAAACAACAAAAUGGAUUGAUGAUGUGCGAACAGAGAGAGGAAGUGAUGUCAUCAUCAUGUUGGUGGGAAACAAGACAGACCUUGCAGACAAAAGACUCGUGGGCCAUUACAGACAGAUAACCACAGAGGAGGGAGAACAGAGAGCGAAAGAGAUGAAUGUUCUGUUUAUUGAAACAAGUGCAAAGACAGGCUACAAUGUCAAACAGCUUUUCCGUCGUGUGGCAGCAGCCCUCCCUGGAAUGGAUAACACGCAGGACAAGAGUAGAGAGGACAUGAUUGACAUUAAGCUGGAGAAGCCGCCAGAACAACCCAUCAGUGAAGGAGGCUGUUCCUGCUAAUGUCGGCCAGUGUCGCAACUAAAUAAUUCUAUUUACUGGCUUUUUCCUCACACUGAGUCAGUUCUUCUGCAUCUACGCUCUUCACUACACCCGCCCGCCUCUGUGCCCCAGAAAGAUAACACUACAUCCAUUAUCCUCGCCCAUCCUGGAAAACUCAUCUGGAUGCUCUAAAAGUCAUAAAUCGGUUAAAUUGAAUAUUUGCACUGAGACGCAUACAUUGAGACAGACCGUUUACUGAGCUCCUGCUCGCUGUCAUUUCAGAUUAAAUGACCUUUUGAACCAAACUGAAAGAAUGUAUGUGUUUAAGAGUGAGAAUAUUCUUUAUAAAGUUCAAUAUUGCUUUAAGCUUAAUAAGCAUAAUGUGGCUGUUGUGUCCAUUUGUUCACAUUAUUUGUGCCGUUGCAAUUGAUUGGAAAAGAUGCAUUUAUGAAUUGUGUUCAACAAAUUGUUUAUUUAACUGACUGGAAUAAUAUAUGGCAAAGUGAAUCAACAUAUUUGGAAAAUCAAAGUGUUGAUAGGUUUGCAGUUUACACACACAAGGCAGCCAUGAGCUUAUUGUAAAGUGAGUUUUUGCUUUGAGGUGCUUUUACUAGCAGAUUCACUUAUCUCCUAACAUGCACCAGCGCGAUUUGACACUGAAACCACACGAGCACACGCCACUGCAUGGUCACAAACACAAGCACAAACACACAGCACCUUCUACAAGAGCUACACUAACACAACACCAUCCACAUUACCGUCCUUCCUCUCUCCUCACACUUGUCCCUUGAGUUAUUUGACUGGCUUCCAUUUUCAUUUACCUUUUUAUUCAGAUCGAGAUUAUUAUUUUUUGAGGACUGCAGCGAGCAUAGAUUAUAACUAUUUCUUUGAUGAUAGUGUUUGAGGAGGAUUUUCUUAUAUAUUAAGAAUUAUAAUCAUAAAACCCACCAUAAGCAUUAGAUGUGGAGAUAUUUGCCUUUUUGGAAUUUAAUUGUAGAGGUUUCCCCCGGCUUUUGGUUUAUAUAGUUUGGUAUGACAUUUUACGAACAAAUAAAAGAUUUUGAUUUCUUUUGCUUGUUUUAAUUUAAGUUCUUUUGUCAUUGAUCUUUUUUGUUAGUGAUUAUUCUACAUGUGUAUUUAAUCCACAAUGACUUGUAAUAUUUAUUUCUGUUGGAUUCAUGUUUCUUUUUUAUGGCUGUUAAUAUCUUCACUUUUGCUACGAGCCCUGAUUCACUAAUAAAAUGUGCAUCCAUCUGGACCACCAUUAACAGAAUCAGUAGAGAGAGCGCCUGCUGUUCCUUCCACCACUUUUAGAUGGCAAUUUGAUCAUCCUGAUAAUACUGUGCAAUUUUUGUGUAAACACAUGGAAGAGAGUCUGAUUUGUAAAGUAGUCUUUAAUGUUGCUGUCUGGUAUGGUUUUAAAUGAAAGAAUAAAAACACUUGUCACAGCU